UAUGCCACCUUUAUAUUCAAGUUUCGCGGCAACUCCCUCUUUCUCUCUCUAAGAGCGCACCUAUGUCUCUCUCUCACACUCUUUGUUUCUCUCUCUAAGACUUGCUCUCUCUCACAACCGAAGUAUUUAUCUCUCUCUUUCUCUAUGGUUUCAACCCAAACCUGAAAUCGGAUAAGUCCUAAAUGGCACCAGCAAGGAAAAAAAGUGUGAAUAAGCGGUUUCUGAAUGAAGUUUCACCUCAUAAAGAGGUCAGGAAUUCGAACAAAAACAAAGAUCGGGUGACUGGGAAGAGAAGAUUUUCUGAUAAGUUAGGACCUCGAUGGAGCGAGGGGGAGCUUCAGCGUUUCUACAAAGCAUAUAGGGUCCAUGGGGAGGAUUGGAAGAAGGUUGCUGCCGAAGUGCCUAAUAGGUCUGUGGACAUGGUGCUGGCCCUUUUUAUGAUGAAUAAGGUGUACUUAUCUCUGCCAGAGGGAACAGCUUCUGUGUUUGGCCUUAUUGCAAUGAUGACUGAUCAUUAUAAUACAUUGGAAGUGAGUGAUAGCGAGCGAGAAAGCAACGAUGUAUCAGGAAUGUCACGGAAACCACUGAAACGCAAGCGGGCAAAAGUUCAACCUAGUGCGUCAAAAGAAGAUGUUGUACAGUCUAACUCAAUUGCUUCAAAUGAUGGAUACUUAUCGUUGUUGAAGAAAGGAAACUUUUAUGGUGCUCAACCUCGUGCAGUUGGGAAAAGGACACCUCGAAUCGCUGUUUCAUAUCCAUAUAAGAAAAAUGAUAGAGAAAAUUAUGUUUCCCUCAACUGGGGUCAAAAAUCAGAAAAUGAUGCUAAUGAUGAUGAAGUAGCACAUGUUGCUGCACUUGCAUUAACUGAGGCAUUGCAAAGAGGAGGUUCUACCCAAGUUUCUUUCACACCACAUAGAAGAACAGAACACAUUAAGUCAUCACCUGUUCGAAGCUGGGACAGGAUGUUUCCACAGUCAAAAUCAUCUCAUACGAAGCUUUCCAAUGGUUCCACUUAUGAAGAAUGGAUUGAAGGUGGUGUAAGCAUGAGAGAUGAUGAUGGUGCUUAUACCAGGGAAACAAGCUCCUUGGUGGAUAUGGAAGGUGUAGGUACUGUAGAAGUUCAUCGAAAGGGAAAAAUGUUUUAUAGAAAAAGAGUAAAGGUUGAAGAGACUGGGAAUUGUCAUUCUGAUGAUGGUGGCGAAGCUUGUAGUGGGACUGAAGAAGGACCAAAAGUACGUGCUCUAAAGGGGGAAAUUGAUAUUAAUGAGUCAAAUGCAAAAAUUGAUGACACCUCCCCACAGGCCCAAAAGAGGAGGAGUAACAAACACUUCUCUGGAGAUGAAUUCUCUGCCUUGGAUGCGUUGCAUGCGUUGGCUAACAUUUCUGUAAUGGAAUCUGAAUCAUCUGUCCAGUUGAAUGAAGGAAGAACUGCAUUUGACGUGGAUGACAAAUCUAGCAUUCCAGAAGCUACAUCUACAAGCCAUCAUAGAGAUAAAAAUAAACUCCUAGUGCAGAAAGAAAAAGUUCUUCGCACGAAAUGUGAAGUUGAGGGUACCUCAAGAAAAUCUGAGCUGGGAAGACACAUGGCAAUUUGUGCUAAACCUGUUUCUGAAGCAAAGCAAGGGCCCCAGUCUUCCAAGUCAUUGAAAAGAAAACGUCAGUCUUCGGUAUCAAAGGUGCCAAAUUCUGAAGCACCCAAAAAUUCACAUCUAAGUAAAUCAUUGGAGGCCGAGAUUGUAGAGGAAGAGGAGAUUAUAUCUUCACUUAAAGGAAAACGAACUGGCCAAAUUUCCACUGUUUCAAAACAAUCAAAAGCAAUUGGAGUACCAAAACGAUCUUUCAGUGGUGAUCAGAAAAGUUCUGCAAGUGAUGUAGCAACGUCAACAGCACAAGUUCUUGUGGCAACUCAAGAUACCUUGCCAACUAGAAAAACUAGCAGGCGCAAGAUGGAUCUGAAGAGAGCAUUUAUUCAUAAAGAGGGGAAUUCUUCUAAGAACAUACUGAAAAAUCAAGCUAAUAGAUACUCCACCUCCCUGCAAGAUACAGCACUCUGUCUGAAGGAAAAGCUUUCUUGUUGUCUUUCAUCUCCUAUGGUUCGCAGGUGGUGUACAUUUGAGUGGUUCUAUAGUGCAAUUGACUACCCUUGGUUUGCUAAGAGGGAGUUUGUGGAAUAUUUAAAUCAUGUUGGACUUGGACACAUUCCAAGAUUAACUCGAGUGGAAUGGGGUGUCAUAAGAAGUUCCCUUGGUAAACCUAGGAGGUUUUCUGAACAUUUUUUAUGUGAAGAGAGGGAGAAACUCAAACAGUAUAGGGAUUCUGUGAGAAAACAUUAUACUGAACUUUGUACUGGUAUCAGGGAAGGACUUCCAACGGAUUUAGCAAGACCUUUAUCAGUUGGACAACGAGUAAUUGCUUUGUAUCCCAAAACAAGAGAACUUCGCGAUGGAUGUGUACUUACAAUAGAUCAUGACAGGUGCAGGGUUCAAUUUGACUCUCCUGAGAUGGGAGUAGAAUUUGUCAAGGAUAUAGACUGCAUGCCUUCAAAUCCAGUAGAUAACAUGCCAGAAGCUAUUAGGAGACACAGAUUCUCUGUAUCUAAGGAACUGCAAGCAAAUGGGCGUUCAAAUACUGGAGGGUUUACUUCAACCAGGCACUUAGAGAACUCACAAACUCCCAUGAAUCCACUGAUAAAGCAGGUGGAUGCAAAUCAUCUACAAGCAAAAAUAGCAUCUACGGACAUUGCAAAUGCACAACAAAUUUUCUAUGGUCAACCUUCUGCUGCAACACAAGUACAAGCAAAGGAAGCUGAUAUACAAGCUCUUUCUGAGCUGAAUCGUGCUCUUGAUAAAAAGGCCUCUUCUGCUUUAGUCAAUCUGAGGCAGCAUCAUACGUUCUCAGGAAAUACCCUGCCUCCCUGGCUUAAGCCCCCAGCCAAUAUCAGUUUACCAGGUGGCCUGCCAGGUUUGCACGAUAGUUUUAUUUCUCAAGAAUCAGGAUCUGCCGUGGUUGAAAUUGUUAGAAGUUCAAGACACAAGGCACAUACAAUGAUUGAUGCUGCUGUUCAGGCAAUUUCGUCCAUGAAAGAAGGGGAAGAUGCUUUUAUGAAGAUCGGGGAAGCUUUAGAUUCUAUUGAUAAAAGACAAUUAGCAUCAGAAUCAAAGGUACAAGUAAUCAGAUCACCUGAGCAGGUCAAUGGCAUUUUGAGUCAUCAAAAUCAGUUUAUUUCCAGGACAUCAGAUCCUCAGGCAAACAGUACUACAUCUGACCCCAAGUCACAAGAUAAUGCUGAGAAAGUUGAGACUGCAAUCCCUUCAGAACUUAUAAAAUCAUGUGUUGCUACUCUGCUCAUGUUACAGACAUGUACCGAACGACAUUAUCCCCCAGCUGAAGUGGCUCAGAUAAUUGAUUCUGCUGUUACCAGCUUGCAUCCAUGCUGCCCUCAAAAUUUGCCUAUAUAUAGAGAUAUACAAUCCUGCAUGGGAAAAAUCAAGACUCAGAUAUUAUCUCUAAUACCAACGUAAGAGGCCAGUAUGCUUUGGGCUCUACUUGCACGCGUUGGGGGCGAAAAUCGCCCUCUAGUCAGCAUUUUGUAUAUAUUAUGCUGUAGUUUUGGUUUCGGCAAAACAUGCCCCAUCGAGCUCCCAACCUCAAUUUUUUUUUUUUUAAUUUUUAUUUGCCCUUGCUGAGACAGGGAAAACACCUAUUCAUACCUAUAUUAAUUAUCUCUCAUAUUCUGCCCCCCUCCCCUUGUAACACUGCUCCUCCUUUUCCCUUUUUAGCGAUUCGGCUGAGAUUCUAUCAAUGGCCCCCAGUAGCUCUCACUUGGUCAUUUUGAACGAGUAAAUUUUGACUUUUAUAUGAAUUGAUUAAUGUUGAUUAUGUGAA